CCUUCCUGCCUGGUAUAUAAACCAGCACUUCACAAUGUUCGUCUCUUUCAUUCUAGUAGUAAGUUAGGGUUUGUGUGUCUCUUCUUCCCGCUCGCCGAAAGCAAAACCCUAACCAUGGCAACUCAGGCCAUAGUGGAGUCCGUGCAGUGUUUUGGCCGCAAGAAGACGGCGGUGGCAGUGACCCACUGCAAGCGUGGCCGUGGACUGAUUAAGAUCAAUGGGUGCCCGAUCGAGCUGGUGGAGCCGGAGAUCCUUCGGUUCAAGGCAUAUGAGCCAAUCCUCCUUCUGGGUCGUCACCGUUUUGCUGGAGUGGACAUGAGGAUUCGUGUCAAGGGUGGUGGGCAUACCUCUCAGAUCUAUGCCAUCAGGCAAAGCAUCGCCAAGGCUCUUGUGGCUUUCUACCAAAAGUUCGUGGAUGAGCAACAGAAGAAAGAGAUUAAAGAUAUUCUGGUCAGCUACGAUAGGACCCUUCUCGUAGCUGACCCCAGGAGGUGCGAGCCUAAGAAGUUUGGUGGACGUGGUGCCCGUGCCAGGUUCCAGAAGAGUUACCGUUGAGGUUUUCUUCUAGAUGUUGUGGUUCUCUCAUGUUUAAGAUUCUGGUUAUUUAGUUUCGAGACUUGGAAUGUUAAUUUUUGAUAUUGGUACACUGGCUUGUCCUUUUCAUUUUGCUAAAUCCGGAUACCGUUACUUUGUUCCCAGUUUGCUAUAGAAAUUUAAUGCUUUUAAUCAGAAUUCUUAUUCAUGCCAA